CAGAGCUUUCCCCCACUGAAAAAUGAGAUUGAGGGGGUGAAAGUAGAUAGCUAGUCAAGGGUUCAAUGCGAAGGUGGCGUGCUACAAACAAUAAAAUCUGUUUUGAUGCGUGUUUAAGGUUAGUAAGUAGAGAAAGCCUACUCACUCAUGGAAAAGAAAAGUAACCGGAUACAGGUCGUUGGCUGAAUUUUAAUAACCUAGAUGCCCCCAGCACGUUAAACGCAGCUGGUAAAGUUAGCUGGCUAGCUAGCAAAGCAGUUGGUAAGAGGAAAAACCGGGACAAGAGGGGAGGGGGCGAGCGAACCAGCGUCGUAAACUGCCCGGGACUAUGCUACUUUCAGGAUCAAAUUUAAGAUUUGGGAUGGAUUGAAAGUUCUGCGAGUCUGAUCUGACACCCAGAAAGGGUAUAACAUUUGAAUCAAGAAAAGCGUGUUUAUAUGCAAUGUUUGUGUUGCUGGCGGGGCCGGUUCGGCUUUGCUGUGGGACAGUGUCGCGGUGUUGGCCCCACUCUGUUCCGUGGGCGAAAUGGGGCUUAUUUUUCCUUUUGCUCGAAGCAGCGAUCUCAUUUGCCAAAUCCAGUUUACCAGCUAUCGAAAACAAUCGCCCAAGUGUCAGCGUCUACAUGAACGAAGCCGAAGUGAAGAAGCUUUUAGGUCUGGAGGCAGAGUUGUACUACGUGAGAGAUGAUGUCAUCAGUCACCAGGCCCUCUCCUUCAUCAUGCCCGUGCCUAGCGAGACCAAUAGCCUGCACUUCACCUGGCUCUCAAAGAACAAGGUGGACUAUAAACUGGGCUUCCACGUGGAUGACACUGCUGCCAUGAGCCUACCAGAGAGCAACAUCUCCACACAUGGGGAGGUGCCCCAGAGCCUCUCAGUUUUUCGAGUGGACCUCCUCUGUUCGGGCAAAGUGAGCACGGAGGUUCUUCUGACGGUGCAACUCAACCUGACCAUCAUCUCCAACAACUUUACAGUCCUCAACUUCAAGAGGAGGAAAACGUGCUACAAAUGGAUUGAGCAGCCGGAUCCCAAGACCCUGCCGUUCGCGAACACGAAUGUGAGCAGGCCAGGAGCUGACGUGAACCCUGCUCCCACCUCCUCCACCCGGGUCUUCUACAUCAGCGUGGGGGUGUGCUGCGCUGUCAUCUUCCUGGUUGCCAUUGUGCUGGCUGUACUGCAUCUGCACAGCAUGAAGAGGCUGGAGCUGGAUGACAGUGUGAGUGACAGCGGAAGCUCCCAGGGACUCUCCAUGCCUUCAACCCAGACCACGCAGUACCUGAGGGCGGACACACCUAACAACGCCACGCCCGUCACCAACAAUCACCCUGGCUCCACACCCAUCCAUCAGCUUGCCACCGCCUCCUUCCCCAACCCCGGCGCCCCUUCCCACGAAACCAAAAGUUGCCCGUCUCUACGCAUUGAGAAGAACGACCUUAGGAGUGUAUCUCUGAUGGAAGCCAAAGCGAAGGUCAAAGACAUCGCCAUCUCCAGAGACAGAGUCACUCUGUGUGAUGUUCUGCAUGAAGGUACGUUUGGACGGAUUUUUCACGGCAUUCUUCUGGAUGAGAAAGAUCCCAGCAAGGAAAAGCGCGUCUUUGUGAAGACAGUGAAAGACCAUGCCUCAGAGGUUCAGGUGACAAUGAUGCUGACAGAAAGCUGUAAGCUUAGAGGCCUACACCACAGGAAUCUCCUGCCCAUCAGUCACGUGUGCAUAGAGGAGGGGGAGAAGCCCAUGGUGCUGUUGCCCCACAUGACCUGGGGGAAUCUCAAGCUCUUCCUGCGGCAGUGCAAGCUGGCCGAGGCCAACAACCCGCAGGCUGUAUCCCAGCAGGACCUGGUCCACAUGGCUAUCCAGAUAUCGUGUGGAAUGAGCUAUCUGGCACGCAGAGAGGUCAUCCACAAGGACCUGGCAGCCAGGAAUUGCGUCAUUGACGACAGCAUGCAGGUGAAGAUCACGGACAACGCUCUGGCCCGGGACCUCUUCCCCAUGGACUACCACUGCCUGGGGGACAACGAGAACCGGCCCGUGCGCUGGAUGGCCCUGGAGAGCCUGCUCCACAACGACUUCUCCAGCGCCAGCGAUGUGUGGGCGUUCGGCGUGACUCUGUGGGAGCUGAUGACCCUGGGCCAGACGCCCUACGUUGACAUCGACCCCUUUGAGAUGUCCGCCUACCUGAAGGACGGCUACAGAAUAGCGCAGCCCAUCAACUGCCCAGACGAACUGUUUGCAGUUAUGGCCUGCUGCUGGGCCCUGGAUCCGGAGGAGAGGCCUAAGUUCCAGCAGCUUGUCCAGUGCCUCACCGAGUUCCAUGCAGCACUUGGGGCCUACGUCUGAAAUCCAGCCCCAGCACUGCCCCAGAAGAACAUAUCUACAGUCAAACAGUACCUUGUUACAGAAAGAAAGACUUUUUUGGAUACCUCUUUUUGGAGACCUGUUUUUAUUUGCUUUCGUACAUUUUUCGUGAUAUUUCUUUUGUAGUUAUGAGAACACGUUACAUUUUUUAAAUGCCAACUGGACUUUCGUUUGCUGUCACUUUGGACAAGCCUUCAAGAAAAAUAGCUGGCAUGAAGUUUGAGGAGAGAAUUUUUCCUCACUGAGGUCAAGUUAAAUCUCUGGUAUCGCUCUUGGAAUGGAACUCGCUUCUAGGAAUCUCAUCACUUCUGUCAAAUAUGUCGUAACAAUCUGAAAUCGCAGCAUGUUUUGAUUGUGCACUUUGUUUGGUACUCCAGUGUUCAAAAGUAUAAGGAAGCUACCAAGUCAUUUUUACAGCAGGGGGUGCCAACUGAUUGAUACUUUUCAACAUAUCUCUGUCAUUGGUUAGUCAUCUCUGUCAGUGCUCAGUUUUGCUCUAUUUGUUUCCUGGGGAGGAUGGGGGGUGGGAUAGUAUUCUGACAUUAAUUUUUUUAGCUUUGAUGUUAAUGACAAAAAAAACCUUCCCCAGAGUGAAUACUGUGUCAGUAGUGUUGUGCCAAACCCAAUGGAAAUACCUUGCCAGUGGAUCAUCAGUAUGUAUUGGUCACAAUUGGUCUUUAGAAAUUCGCAGGUUAUGCUAUCCCAAUUGGCUGUAGCCUAUACUGUUAUAAAGCUAACUAUAGAUGCUAUGAGUUGUGCUAUCAAAAGGUGCUUAAUAUGAACCCAAUCCGAAGGCUUUACUAAUUUAGCUAUUGAAAAAAAAAAAAUGCAACUGUUAUUUGUUUCAAUAAGCCCAUGAAUUCUUAAGCAAGUUGCAUAAUGGAAUAUUACAUACACAUAUCUACUACUUACAAAUGGACUCUUCACAUUUUUGUGACAUCUGAACAGUUUUUCAAAUGUACUUGACCCUCUCCUGUGUGCAGUUUUACCACAGACCGUGCCCAGAACUGUAUAUUUUUAUUUUUUUACAGGAAAAACAAAAGUGUGCAAUGUGUGUCUCAGUAAACAUAUUUCUCAUGAAA